AAGACUGAAAACAGCAAAGAUGUAUUGUCACUAGCCUGGAAUCAUUGUUGCAGCUCGGGUUUUCUCCUUAUCAAGUUUUUUCAUCAGGAGGAUUUCAUUCUUGCGCAUGGGCAUCAUGGGCAUAAUGUGCUCCACCCGGAUGUGAUUCAAGAGCUCGUCACGACUUGGCAAUAAAACCUUGCAUUGGUCCCACUGGCAUGAGAUUAGAACAGAGCUCGGAGCUUGAGACAUACAAAUCCUGAUUACUGUGACAACCAGUACUUGACGAUCGGUUACAUAAGCACACUCCUAACCUUCGAGUCUACUCCUCUCUUCGGCAAUCUCACCACAUGGAUGGCAACACUUUCAGCGAUCUCGUAUUGCUAUCAUAUCUCGGUCUGCCUCUGGACUACAGCCCGCUCCCAAGCAACUCACCUGUCGAAUUCCUGCGCAAGUUCCUGCAUCAAAUACCGCCACACCUGAUUACGAGCUUCGGGCUGGUCACGACGCCGAAACAGCGUAGCCUCAUACCGGAGAUGCGGAACCGUCGGCUAAGGUACACAGAAACUGCACCAAAGCAACUCGAGCUGGAGUCGGCCAAGGUUCGGUGGCCGCACUUGUGGUCAGGGCGUGAGCGAUAUGGAAAGCGAGCUGCUGAAGACGAGAAGGAGUGGGCGAACAAAAGAUUUUUGGACGGGGUGCCGCAGCAAGUAGGGAAACUGGGAAGCUUGUUAGGAGAGUACGAGGAAGAGAGAGAAGCCGAGAGAAUGAGAUAUCUCAAGCGCAGCCAAGGAGGUGGAGAAGAGGACGAAUUUAUUCCAGAAGAGGACGAGAGUGAUAGCGACAUGAGAGAUACAGCAGCAGGUGUGCAGGAGUCUCCAGAGGAGCUGAGCGCUGACUUUGCAAGACGGAUAAAAGAGUUGUUCGUUUACGGUCUGUUGGAAGGUGCUGAUUAUGAUCUGUGUGACUGGAGCGAACAGUAUGACAUUAAUGAGGACGAGGAGGGGUGGUUUGACGAGGAGGAGGCGGACGAGAUGGAGAUGGAGGGAGGCGGGGAGUGUGACUAUUGACAAAUAUGGUAAUAUUUCGGUCCGAGGAUCUUCCCGGAAUGAGAGCGGUCGACCGAUC